GUUUCUUGAUAAGGAACGGUGGUCGGAAGGCACUGCCAGUGCUCGGUUCCGGUUCACUCUGGUACCACAGCCAAGGAGGAAAGCAAGUAGUGGGGCCGAGUGGUCAAAAGCCGGGGCUACGAAGACAAACUCUCAGAGUUGUUUACCUCGGCCUUCUGGUGCAGGCUAACCAGUGGAACGGCCGACUGUUGCGGACUUGACGUAAGAGGAAAAAAGAAGAACCUUCACGAGAAGAACGCGAUCGACGGUGAAGAGUGCGGGAUGCUGCGAUUAUGCCUUCUGGUGGCUCUUUGGAGCCGAUUAGGCCUCGCCGAAGAACCUGGAUUCGUGCAGGUCGAGGUCGCGGCGACGACGGAGACGGGGACGUUGUCAGACCUUGAGAUGCGACGUGCCAUGGAGUUUCUAGAACGAUUGAACAACGAGACCUCGGCUUGGUACAACCGCGGGGCUCUGGCCCAAUGGGCCUACGACUCUAAUCUGACUGCGGUAAACCUUGCGGCGAAAAUUCACGUGCUGUCCGAGGCUGCGGCUGCCGGGAAAGCGAAAUGGGCAGAGAUUCAAGCAUUUCCGUGGCAAAGAAUCGGGGAUGAUGGAAUCAGAAGGCAGUUUUCGAAACACGCGCGGCUCGGCGUCGGCGUUCUGCCGAAGGAGGCCUACGAGGACUACGAGAAUACCGUGGCCAAUAUGCAACAAGUGUACAGUACAGCAAGAAUUUGCCGGUACAAGGAAGCGGAGAAGUGCGAUCUCGCCCUGGAACCUCAUUUGACUGAGCUCUUGAUAUCCAGCAGAGACCCAGAGGAGUUAAAACAUGUCUGGAUCGAAUGGCGAAAGGCGACCGGGGAAAAAGCUAAACCUCUGUACCCGAAAUACGUUGAUCUGAUCAACAGAGCAGCUCGGCUUAACAAUUACACAGACAACGCGGCCAGCUGGUUAGACGAUUAUGAGACAGCUAAUUUCGCCGAUCAGAUUGAAAAUCUAUGGCAGCAAAUGAGGCCUUUGUACUUGGAGCUCCACGCGUACGUGAGGAACCAACUGCGGCAAAAAUACGGAGACCAGAUAGUUUCGAGGGACGGACCAUUGCCAGCGCAUCUUCUCGGCAACAUGUGGGCUCAGAGUUGGGAGCAUAUCGCCGAUUUCUCAACACCUUAUCCGGGAAAAACACUACCCGACGCGACAGAAAAUAUGGUCAAGCAAGGGUACGACGCGAACCGGAUUUUUCAUCUGGCCGACAGCUUCUUCACAUCCCUGAACCUUUCCACCGUUCCUGAAUCAUUUUGGACCAACUCAAUAUUGGAGAAGCCGAAAGACGGUCGCGAGUUGGUCUGCCAUGCUAGUGCCUGGGACUUCUACGAUGGUAAGGACUUCAGGAUCAAGCAGUGCACCAGGGUCAACAGCGAGGACCUUUCAACCGCGCAUCACGAGAUGGGCCACAUUCAGUAUUACAUCCAGUACAAAGACCAACCUUUCACCUUCAGGGAAGGUGCAAAUCCUGGUUUCCACGAGGCAAUCGGCGACGUGAUGGCCCUGAGUGUAUCGACUCUUCAGCACUUGAAAAAAAUAAAUCUCCUCGACCAGGACACCCAGGAAGAUCCAGAGGCAAUGCUGAAUUAUCUUUACAAGAUUGCUCUUCAAAAAGUUGCCUUUCUUCCGUUCGGCUAUGCCGUGGAUAAGUGGCGUUGGAACGUCUUCAGGGGCAGGAUAACACCUGAUAAAUACAACUGUGAAUGGUGGAAGUUGGUACACGAGCUUCAGGGUAUUGAGCCGCCAGUGGACAGGUCAGAGGAAGACUUUGACGUGGCGUCAAAGUACCAUGUCAUCGCUAGCGUCGAGUAUAUCCGUUACUUCGUCAGUACUGUGAUACAAUUCCAGUUCCACAAGAGUCUGUGCCAAGUCGCGGGUCAAUACGACCCCGCAGACAUUGCCCACAAACCUUUGCACCAGUGCGACAUUUACCAGAGCAAAGAAGCUGGCAACCUUCUUGGGUCCAUGCUGAAGUUGGGCUCUUCGAAGCCAUGGCCAGAUGCGAUGGAGGUGAUCACAGGACAAAGGGAAAUGGACGCUGCGGGCCUACUAGAGUAUUUCAAUCCAUUGUAUGAGUGGCUGAAGGCAAAGAAUAAGGAAACCGGGGCGCACGUCGGUUGGAAUUCUACCUCAAAGCGCUGCGUGCAAACCAGGUCACAGCUCCAGGUCAGCGAUUCGCCAAGCGCAGCUUAAGUUAGUAAGAGAUCAUUGUACACGGACGACACUAUCUUUAAUGAAACAUGCUGAUUUUAUUUUCUCUCAUAUUACAAGUGGUUAUUCAUACGUAAUCAUGUCUGGUGAAAAGGCAGAGUCCUUAAUACGGACAUAAUAAUAUUUUCUACUCGCGUCGGAGGAAUCAUAAAUAAUAAAUAUAUUCAACGAUUAA